AUGGCGUGGCAACCAUUGGAGAAGGGAGAGAACAAUUACGAUGUUAUUGUGAUUGGCGCAGGCAUUUCGGGCAUCAACUUUGGGUACCGAUUGCAAGAGCGAAAUCCUCAUCUCAGCUACUGUAUCCUCGAGGGACGACAUGAGCUGGGCGGCACUUGGAGUCUUUUCAACUACCCUGGAAUUCGAUCCGACUCUGAUCUCUACACAUUCGGCUUCCCGUGGCGACCAUGGAGUGCCACCAACGCGAUCGCCCAAGGCGAUCUGAUCUGGAACUACCUCAAAGAGUCUGCAGAGAUGUAUGGCAUCGAUAAGAAGAUGAAGUUCAACCACCAAGUGGAUGAGGCGAAAUACUCUUCGAGUUCGAAGUCGUGGGAGUUGAGCGUGACGGCGAACAAGAGCGAGAAGAAGACAUUCAAGAGCAGGUUCAUGCUUCUUUGCACUGGCUACUACGACUACCACACGCCCAUGAAGGCUGAGAUUCCUGGCAUUGACAACUUCAAGGGUCAAGUCAUCCACCCACAAUUCUGGCCCAAGGACCUGGACUAUACGAACAAGGAAGUCGUUGUGGUCGGCUCCGGCGCAACUGCCAUCACCAUUCUGCCAGUCAUGGCCGAGAAGACAAAGCACAUCACUAUGCUGCAACGAUCACCCACCUACGUGCUCGCCGUACCAGCAGAAGAUCCCGGCGACAACCUCCUCCGCAAACUCUUCGGCUGGAUCCCAUCAGUAUCACACAGCCUCAUCCGUCUCAAAUGGAUCAUCAUGCCACUCAUCAUGACAACUUACUCCGCCCUCGCACCAAAGCGCGCCCGCGACCUCAUGCACAAGCUCAUGUCGAAGCAACUUCCAUCCUCCGUCCCCCGAGACCCUCACUUCACACCAAAAUACUACCCAUGGGAACAACGCAUGUGCAUGUGUCCCGACGGCGACUUCUUCAAGAGCUUGCGAAAGGGUACAUCAAGCGUCGUAACAGGCAACAUCCAGAACAUCACAGAAAACACAAUCCAACUCGCAGACGGCCAAGAACUCCACCCCGACAUUAUCGUCACCGCUACAGGCCUCAAAUUAUCCUUCGCAGGAGGUAUGAAAGUCUCCGUAGACAACAAACCUUUCGACAUUCCAUCCAAAUUCGUCUGGAAGGGAGUCAUGAUUGAAGAUCUUCCCAAUGCGGCUUUCGUUAUUGGAUAUGUUGAUGCUUCGUGGACGUUGGGAGCGGAUGCUACUGCACAAAUGGUGACGAGGAUUUUGAACAAGAUGAAGAAGCAAGGAGUAGUGGAAGUCAUUCCAAGACAAUCAGAGUGGGAUCGCAAGAACGUCAAGGAGGCGAACAUCAUGCGCUUGAACAGCACAUAUGUGCAAAAGGGCAAAGAUGCUGUGCCUAAAGCUGGUGAUCGAGGCCAGUGGGUGCCACGAAGCAAUUAUUUCAGGGAUAUCAUGAUGGCUUGGUUUGGAGAUAUCAAGACUGGUGCUGAGUGGGUCAAGGCAUAGAGGGUUGAAGCAGCCUUUUGUUUUCUCUUUUGUUGUAUACUUUGUGAGUGCGAUGGUGUUGAGGGAGCAGGGCAUCUCAUCGUCGAUACCAGGGCUGGGCUUAUUUACGGAACCAUAGAUCAGACUUAUACAGAACAGC